UCCUCGCUUCCCGUUAUGCUAUCCACUCAACAAAACUCUCAUUCGUUUCUUAAACUCUCUGUUUCAUUAUUCUUUACAAUAAUGGUUGCUUUGGUUUCUCAAGAAAAUGUUGUCACAUUGGUUUCUCGUACUGGUAGAGAGUUACAACGUUAUAGAAAAGGUCGUCGCCAAGUUGUUGGAUGUAUACCAUACAGAUAUAAGAUUGGGGAGAAAAAUUCAUUGGAUGUUUCAGAUGAAUUGGAAGUUCUUGUUAUAAGUUCUCAGAAAGGGAAAGGGAUGCUAUUUCCAAAGGGAGGCUGGGAAUUAGAUGAAUCUCAAAAGGAGGCAGCUUUGAGAGAAACUAUGGAGGAAGCUGGUGUACGAGGCAUUGUUGAGGGUAAAUUGGGUAAAUGGAGCUUCAAGAGUAAAACAUAUGAUACUUUAUAUGAUGGUUACAUGUUCCCUCUACUUGUUCAAGAGGAAUUGGAGUUCUGGCCUGAACAAAACCUUCGUCAAAGAAGAUGGAUGAGCAUAUCUGAAGCAAGAGAUGUUUGUCAACACUGGUGGAUGAAAGAGGCUUUGGACAGACUAGUAAACCGUCUAUUAGGUCAAAAACUUGGUUCUGAGAAGCAAGUUCUACGUUCUCUAAAUUGCAUUGGAGAUGCCAAAUCUGACUUGUUAAAAGUGUAAUUUCGUGGAGGGUAGAGCUCAAUUUUUUUUGUGUUGCUUGAAGUUGAGGAGAAGAAUAGUAGGAUCCAUUGAAUUGAGCCAAAUUAUUAUGAUAGUAUAUAUAGAUAUAUAAUAAAAAUAAUAGAUUGUAGAUCUUACAUAGAAGUUUGCAAUUCCCUAAAAAAAUACUUUAUUUUUGUUAAGAGAAACUCAAUUUGAACAUGAUUUUUUCUCAUCUUAUAAUGAGGAUUAAUUUUCAAUUGUGGAAAUAUAUAUUAAAUGUAUCUGUGGGAAUUCACUUCUUAUGUAUUGCAAAACUUCUUGAAGUCAAUUAGGUAACAAAUAGAUUGCUUUGCUUUUUUAAGCAACAGAUUUGUUCUAAUGUAAGAGAGGUGAUAUGAAUAUUUGAUUAUUUGUAUAACCUCUCUAAUAUGAAGAAGGGAUAAGGUUUUUUUUCUUCCACUUAUUGUAUUGUGUGAUGUGAUUAUCAUUUGUGGAUUAUAAGUUCUGUUCCCUUUAUUGGAGAUGAAGUUUUGUUUAGGUUGAUAAAAAAA